AUGAUGAUAAUGAUAUUAAUAGUAUGGUUAUUUUCAGCAUUGAUUAGUAUACCACCAAUGUUUGGAUUUAAAGAACCAUUUGUUACUGGUUUAUGUGAAUAUAGUUCAAAUAUUAUUUAUCAAAUCUAUGCUACAUGUGGUGCAUUUUAUAUUCCAUUAAUUGUAAUGCUUAUAUUAUAUGGACGUAUACUUAUAUUAGCACGUAAUAUGGCACAUGCUGAUGCUAAACAACAACGUGUUGCGGAAUCAGUUACACAAACUAAUGCAUAUAAUUCCUUAGAAAGUGAACCACCAGAACAACACAUGCAAAAAUUAAAACAGACAACUGCGACCACAACCAACACGGUAGAAAACAAAUCUGACGUGUUAUUACUGCCUAAUAAUGAACAGAAUAACAUUGUUUAUUCAUCUAAUAACGCUAAGAAAGAGAAAUAUCCUUUACCCCCAUCAGAAUUAUGUCGACGGCGUAAACCACGUCCAUUGAGAAGACUUAGUUACGGUGAUGAACUCCUUAUUAAAAAAUCAUUGGAUAUUAAUGUAAAGAAUGUGAAAAAACCAGUUGGUACUUCGGAAUGCUCAUCUACGUUGUCGUCUAUUGAACAAUUUGAACAACAUGUUAAAGAAUUGAAACAGUUAAGAGCGGAAUUUUUCGCCGCACCAUAUACACGACAUUCGAUUACUAUUAAUAUAACACAAUUAAGAAGUCGUAAUGAUCAUAAAGAGAAUGAAAAUUUAUCAUCUUUAAAUACUUCUACUUUUAAUAAUAAUGAUAGUUUACAACAACAACAACCGGUGACAUUUAUACCUAAAAAUAAAUCUCUAUUAUUAACUGAUUCUAACCGAUCGAGAAACUCAAUAUUUUCACCACCUUUCUUAUCAGUAUCACAUUAUUUUGAUGGAUCUAGUUAUAUGAAUAGCUUAACACAAAUUUCUGAGGUUGCACCAAAUCCAUAUACUCUUAAUGAUAAUCUGAGAGAUGAUAAUAAAAAUAACCUCGAGGAAUAUAGUAGUAAUUUAAUGUUAACAUCACAAGAAACAACUCCAUUAAUAGUUAGCAGUACUGGUAUGCCAUUUACUCCAGGUAUUGGUGAUAUAAAGAGUGAUUUUUACUAUCCAUCUUCAUUCGGUACACCGUUAAUUGGGCCUAAAUUUACUACAAUGCAUCCGGUACGCCCGCGACAGAGACCAUUUCAUACACCAAGAAGAUCAUUUACUACAGCUAAUGAAUAUAUACCCAUAAAUCGUCCAUUUCUAUUAGAUUUACCUAGUUAUACAAUUGAUCGACGAUGUAGUUCACCGUCUACAUCACAUAAUUUUCCUUGGAAUCAUAUUAUUAAUCGUAAUGUUAAAAAAGAUGCACAAAACUCUUUGGGUUUGUUUACAAAUACCCGGACAACUACAACCACUACUACAAUUACAAACGAUAACGAAAAUACAACAACUACCAAUGAUAAUAAUAAUAAUACCGGGAAAGUUAAUCACAUCAAUAUGCAUCAAAUGUCUUUCAGUUCUAAUCAGACUGAAAAUUUUAUCAUGGCUAAUCAACCAGGAAGUUUAGUUAGCUCAAAUUGGGUGUGUCCUAAAUUACCACCGGUGAAAAAACGUAAUUCACGUCAUCAAAAUGAAUCAAAAGCUGUUAAAACACUUGGAAUUAUUAUGGGAUGUUUUUGUUUAUGCUGGUUACCAUUUUUCAUUAUUGCACUUGUUGUUCCAAUACACAAAGUGGUCAGUGGAAAAGAUAUGGAUGUUCCAGAUGUGGUUAGAAGUAUAUGCCUAUGGUUAGGUUAUUUAAAUUCAACUAUUAAUCCAAUCAUAUAUGUGAUAUUCAACCGAGAUUUUCGGUUACCAUUUCGAGAAAUACUUUUGUGUCGAUGUCGUGGCAUGAAUGCACGUUUAAGAUCACAGAAAUAUGCUUUAGAAUAUGGUGUGGCAACCUCAAAUGCGAGUCAAGGGGGAGGUGGUUGUACUGGAGGUACUGUUGGAGUUGGUUUUACUGGUGCAGGUUGCAGAUUUAGUAUUUCUGGACCAUCAAUUACAAACAAUGAGAAUAAUAAUAUUAAUAGUUCUAUAAAUGGAAUCACCAGUGUUUAUAGUGGAGGUAUAAAUUUAUACAAUAAGACGAGAUCUCCAAAUAAUUCAUAUAAUAACACUGUGAAUACUUAUCAAUUGGAACGCUUCAGAAAUCAAUCAAAUCUGGGUUUUAGGCAUUCAGGUCAAAUAGACAACCUUAAUACAUCAACUGGUCGAUAUAACAGAUAUCAAAGUGGAUCCGUUUCAUUUAAUCGAUAAAUAAUUAAGACAGAAAAUAUAACUUUGUUUAUUUUAUUCUCUACACAUUUCAUCAUCAUCAUUUCCAUUAAUAAGUGGAACUGUGAAAUUUUCAAAGAGAAAUACACCCACUAUUCA